AUGGCACGAGUUAUUUUCCGACGUAUGUCCAUGGCGGAACAUAUACAAAGCAUUUAUAAUCUCUUUCCGGACGAAAAGUAUGUUGGAUUCUACGAUUUUACCAGGCUCACCUUCAUUAUUCGUGAUCCAAAAAUAAUUUCAAAGAUCACCAUCAAAUGUUUUGAUAACUUCUGCAACCACCGUAGCGUCGUAAACGAAUCUACCGAUUUGAGAGCCAGUAGAAAUCUGGUCAGCUUACAAGAACACCAUUGGCGCGAAAUGCGAACGCUGCUCAGCCCUACUUUUUCAUCCGGAAAAAUAAAGAUGAUAAAUUUCCCACCAUUUGCGAAACUUUUGAAGCUGAGAAUGAUUGGCCCGAAGAUAGUAAAUUUUUUCAAAGAUAUCGUUACCAACGUUGUAAAGGCCAGAGAUGACCAGGGAAUUGUUUGUUCGGACAUGAUACAGUUAAUGAUGAAAACCAGAGACAAAAAUAGUGGCCCUGAGUUCGAUAUCAACGAAAUGACUGCCCAGGCGUUUGUUUUCUUUGUCACCGGAUUUGCUGUGGUAAAUGAAACUCUCAGACUGUAUCAAGAAGUUGCAUUCAUUAACAGAAUAUGUGUCACUGAAACCGAAUUGCCACCAGGAAUUCCAAAUGGCGAACCGAUUACUAUAAAGCCUGGAAACACUGUACGGUUCCCGUUCGCUCUAAUGGAAGCAAAAGUAAUACUAUUUUAUCAACUUUGGAUUUACGAUCUCAAACCCGAUGUUAAAACUAAAGUUCCUCUGGUGAUUAACAGGAUAUCAUUCACCAUAACAGCAGAAAGAAGCUUCUAG